UGAGAUGAAGAUCCGUUCAUUUGGAGCAUCUUCCUCACCAUCAUUCACUUUCACUAAGUUUUUUAUUCUUACUGGUCAUUCAACACGAAUUUUUUACAGUUUUAUUCAUUAAGUUUAAACAUGAACCGUUUUCAUCUCAUUUCGUUGAUUGUUGCUAUAGCCAUUGAACAAGUUGCCUCGCAAUGUGGUGGUGCUAAUGGUGGAACUGGUUACUUUGCUCAUGAAUCUCAAUGUGAUCGGUAUUACGUUUGUGAAAAUGGUCGAGUUGUUAAUGAAGGAUUGUGUGAUGAUGGAUUAGUCUUCAAUGAAUAUGGUAAUCCAUCAAGAUUAAGGUGUGAAUUACCUUUCAGUAUCGACUGUUCCAAUAGGCCAAACCUUCAGCCUCCCAAGCCAACCGGUGAAUGUCCUCGACAAAAUGGUAUGUUUCCCGAUCCAAGAGAUUGUACUAAAUUCAUUGAAUGUGGAAACGGCGAAGCUCAUGUCAAAUCGUGUGCAUCAGGCUUAGCUUACAACAAAGCAAAUGGAAACUGUGAUUGGCCUGAAAACACACCAGAAUGUCCAGCUGAAGCUUUACUCGGAUUCACUUGUCCUCAACCAACUCAACGGGAAUUGCAGUUGUUUGGCAACCCCAGAUAUGCUCAUCCAACUGACUGCAAAAUGCUCUAUGCUUGUAUCCCAGUAACAAGUGAUCCUGCAGGUCCAAGAACGCCAAGAUUAUUGGGUUGUGAAGAGGGUUACGUUUUCAAUGGCGAGACUGGUUCAUGUGAUAGCCCAAAGAAUGUCAGAGGAUGUGAAAAUUACUAUGGAAAUACCAUUGAAGUCAACAAUCGACUGAUUGCAUCUUCGUCUUGAUUGAACAUCGCUUUUUCAUUUUUUUAUAAUUCAUUUAUUUAAAAAUCUCAACAAAAUAUUCAUCGUUUAUUUGGAUUGGAAAUUCAAUCAAUAAAUGAAAUUUUUCCAUGAAUAAAGUUUCUGAUUGAAAUAAAAA